AGAGAUAGAGCAGCGGUGAGAACAGAGCACAAGCUACACAAAAUCAAUUUUGACCAGAAAAAUUCCAAUGAAGCUAUUGUGCCUCUUGCUGGUGGUAGCCAAUUCCAUGGCUGCAACCCUCCUGGCAGGAUCAAGUGGAGAAGAGAAUCCCACCGUGCCACCUCAGACGCUGACCACACAACCAAUUCAAACAGAAACAAGGUCCCGCUUUGCUAUGUUGGACGAUGUCCACAUCAUUGGGAAUGGCCUCCUCCAGCUCAGCCAGAGCCUCCGGGACUUUGUCCACAAGACAAAGGGCCAAAUCAACAACAUCUUCCAAAAGCUGAACAUUUUUGACCAGUCUUUUUACCAGCUCUCUGUGAUGACAUCAGAGAUCAAAGAGGAGGAGGAACAGUUGAAGAAGACUACUAAUUUUCUGAAGGUCAACAACGAGGAGAUCAGGAACCUGUCACUGGAAAUCAACUCAAAGAUCAACAACAUCAUACAGGAGCAUAUGCAGCUGCAAAGCAAGGUGGGCAGGCUUGAGGAGAGGCUAACAGGGCUGUCAGAGUACAUGGUCCCGGCAGAUCAGCAUACCGAAAUUGCAACACUCAAGGAAGUGAUUGAAGGUCAGGAGAAGACGAUCUCUAAUCUACUGCAGUCUGUGAAGGAGCAGCAUGAUCAGCUUGACCACCAGAAAAUCCAGAUUAACCUGGAGGAGAAGCUCAGCUUUGACAGUUUUCAAGAUACAGUCAACAAAGUAAUAGGUUCAGAUCCUGCAACUCCAGAUCCUUUUGAAUACCUGACAGGAAACUCAAGUGGCCUGGACACAAAUGAUCUUCCGAUGGACUGCAGUGAAUUGUUUGAUACAGAAGAGGGUACCAGCGGAAUCUAUGUAAUCAAGCCAAACCAAUCAGAGCCCUUCAAUGCUUACUGCGAAAUGGGUUCAGAUGGGGGUUCAACUGUUAUCCAACGAAGGGUUGAUGGAUCAGUGGACUUUGACCAGACUUGGGAAAAGUACGACAAAGGUUUUGGAGACAUGGACAAUGAGUUCUGGUUGGGGUUAAAGAAAAUCCACAGCCUUACAAAACAGAGAAGAUACGUCCUUCGUGUUGAAGUUGAAGGUCUGAAAAAUGAGAAGCACUGGGCUGAGUACCAUUUUUCACUAGAAGGCCCCAGUACACACUACACCCUUCAUCUAGACCACAUCUCUGAUGACCUGUUUGAUUUUAUGGAAAACACCACCAGUGUGAGCUUCUCCACAAGAGAUGAUGACAGCCACCGGAACUCCAGGUGUGGUCGAAAUUACUCAGGUGGAUGGUGGAUCAAUGCCUGCAGUGAAAUCAACCUUAAUAAGAAGCAUAUGUGGCUCAGGGCAAAGGGGCGCGGUAUGAGGAGGAAAGUCAUUCAUUGGAAGAAUGGAUCCGGGGCUUCUUAUCCUCUCAAGACAACCAAGAUGACCAUACGACCAACCCUUACUGAUCAAAGAAUCAACUGAAUCCCACAAUUCACACCUUCUCAUACUACACCACAGGCACUGUAUGCAAACACUAAUUAAACAGAAAUCAACUCGAGCACUAAGCAACUGAGUCCUUUUGAAGGGCAAUGUGCAAAAUGAGACAAAAUUCUAUGACAAAUACUUUAAUCAA